GAGAUGCUCCACUGAUGGUAAACUACGCUCUUCUGUCACAGCAGGCCACAGUUCUCCGAUCUCGCUCUAGCCCCACCUACUUUCGACACGGUGUAUUGGAGAUGAUCCAGUGGCUGUUGUGCUCCAAACAUCUCUUUGUGCUGCGCCCUGAUUCCCCCCUGAUCCCCGGCUACUGCUGGCCCUUCGCUGGAGACAAAGGACACCUUCACAUCCAACUGGCCCAGAACAUCCAAAUUACCCACGUGACACUGGGGCACAUCACCAAGACCCAAUCGCCAACCGGGGAGACCACAUCGGCACCCAAGCACUUCGCUGUCUACGGGAAGAUGACGUUGGAUGGAACGGAGCAACUACUCGGACGAUUUUUCUACGACACGGGGGAACCGGGUUUCCAAACGUUUGCGAUUUCAGGACGGAAAGGUGUAUCUUUUAAACAUGUACGACUGCAGGUGGAGUCCAACUGGGGCAACACGGAAUACACCUGUCUGUACAAUUUUAAGGUGCACGGAACACCUGCGCCCCCUGUCGGCCAAGUCACGCCCCCUCAACAAGGACAGUGUCAUUGAUAAUACUUUAUCAGAACUGAUCUUGAACAGAGUGGACCGGUUGGCUUUGUGGAAAGAGGUCAGGAGAUCCACUGUUUGUCUCAAAAUCAGCAUGAUGAGUAUUGAAACUUCCUCCCGACCAGUUGGAAUCUGUAGAAAGAAAUUGGAAGUUUGUCUAAAUGACAUUUCUUGGGCAAUUUGAGGUUUAAAGGACGACAGUAACGACAGGUGAACCAAAGAAAUACACAGGGGUUUUUGGUGCCACUGUUACUGUAGCGUCGUACGGCUAAAUCUCCAACAGGAAUAGUGUAACUUACACUGUCUACUGAAGUUUAUAUCUCAGUAGAUAUGAGUGUAAAUGUUUCCAAAUUUGUCAAAAGAACAGUAGGCUCCGGUUAAACCCACGUGUAUAUGAGGGCUGUUCUGUCUAUCCUCUCCCCUGAGUCUUCCACAGCAACCAUGAUGGUGACCUUUCACCCCCCAGGAGACGCACAGGAGGCCAACGUUGGAUCAGUUAAUCUGAGAUUGGAUUUGAUGUGGUUUAGUUCCAGCAGCCUAUAGACCAGGUUUGGAUCUGGUGUUAGACCUGGUUCAGACCUGGUUUAGUCUUCGUUUAGACCUAGUUUAGUCCUUGGUUUAGACAUGGUUUAGUUCUUGUAGCCCUGACCCAAUCACGCUGAGGCAGAGGCGCCCUCCUGUGGCCUGGAUCUGCCAGAGGUUUCUUCCUCAAAGGGAGUUUUUCCUCUCCACUGUCGCUCUGGAGGUUAAUGGGUCAGUUUUAGACCAGGUUUAGAUCUGGUAUAGACUUGUAUACUAUAGACUACGGAAAAGGGAAAGAUAAACCUGAAGACUGGAACUACCGCAUCUGAAAACUGGAAAAUAAAAACCAUUAAAUUAAAUAUUGUUUGUCUUAGUUUCUCUGUUAAGUAAAAAAUAUUGUCAAAGAACUCUAGUGCACUCACAGAUUUACAUGAAGGCCAAAGUAAACUGCACUGAUUCUAUGUCUGUUACACAUACAGAAUCUUGAUAACAAGUAUUUAAAAGUCAACCAUUAUUUUGAUUGAGGAUAAUAGAACAUUUAGACAUAAUAGAACCGGGUACACAUCCAGUGUACUCCGGUUAUGUGUGUGCCAACUUGUGUGAUGACUGGGUGAAUAUUUUAGGCCGCAGAUGGUUCAGAAAUUGCUGAAAUUGCUGAACCUUCAUAAUGGCAUGACCU